AGGAUCGCAGUCUGUGGUUGUUGUGUCCAUGCUAGAAAGCUAAUUCUUUUUUCUUUCCGAUGGCAAACAGAACCGUUAAAGAUGCAAACAGCAUACACGGGACCAAUCCGCAGUAUCUGGUGGAGAAAAUCAUCCGGACCCGAAUAUACGAGUCUAAAUAUUGGAAGGAGGAGUGUUUCGGACUGACUGCUGAGCUGGUUGUUGACAAAGCCAUGGAGCUGAAGUUUGUUGGAGGAGUUUAUGGCGGGAACAUCAAGCCCACUCCCUUCCUCUGCCUCACGCUGAAGAUGUUGCAGAUUCAGCCAGAGAAAGACAUCAUUGUUGAGUUCAUAAAGAAUGAGGAUUUCAAAUACGUUCGUUUACUUGGAGCCAUGUACAUGAGAUUAACUGGCACUGCAGUGGAUUGUUACAAAUACCUGGAGCCUUUGUACAACGACUACAGAAAGAUCAAGAGUCAGAACAGGAACGGAGAGUUUGAGUUGAUGCAUGUUGACGAGUUCAUCGACGAGCUUCUUCACGCAGAGAGGAUGUGUGACAUCAUUCUGCCCCGGCUUCAGAAGAGACAAGUCCUGGAGGAGGCCGAGAUGUUGGACACACGUAUCAGCGCUCUGGAGGAAGACCUGGAUGAAGUGGAGAGCAGUGAAGAAGAAGAUGAGGAAGAGGAGAAGCCAGAGAGACUGCAGACCCCUGAACCCCACAGACGCAGUUACCGUGACAACGACAGACCUCGUCGCUCUCCGUCACCUCGUUACAGACGGAGCCGCUCACCCAGACGGAGGAGCAGAUCUCCAAAGAGGCGAAGCCCCUCACCCCGGAGAGACCGCCACCGCAGCAAGAGCCCCCGCAGACACCGCAGUCGGUCCAGAGACAGACGUCACCGCUCCAAAUCCCCCGGUCACCACAGAAGCCACAGGCAUCGCAGCCACUCAAAGUCUCCAGAGAGGAGUUCAAAAAAAAGUCACAAGAAGAGUCGAAGAGGAAACGAGUGAUCGCCCUCUUACUUUCAUGUCUUUUUUAAUCUUCACCUGUCAGAGCUAGAGUCUUGUUUUGAUUUUUUUUUUUUUUUUAAAUGGCAAGAUUUUCAGUGUUAGAUAUUGUUUCUGCAAAUGCAACUGUAAACCCAGCUGGAGGGUACAGCCCUCAGGUGUAUUUGCUGUGUCCAUGUGCGUGUAUGUUGUAUGUAUGUUCACCAUCUGAUCACUGACUGAAAAUUUGCUAGAAAAAUCUAAUAUUAUUUCCCUUUUUCAGUUAAUGAUGUUAUUGAUAACUAUUGGACACAUGUAAAUCUAGAAAAUGAGUUUCUUGUAAAUUAAGAUGACUUUCAGACUCUUCCCUGACAGUUGCCAUAGAAAUAAAGUUCCAGAUUCAUUA